UGCAAAGCGACCUUUUUUAUUCGACUCACACCAUUUCCACCAUGGCAUACGCAUUCGCCGAACCUAGAGAAACCGUCUCACACCCUAUUGAACAUCGUUUUGAACCGUAUGAUGACAAUGGCGGAACCAGUGUCGCCAUUGCUGGAAAAGAUUUCUGUCUUGUAGCAUCAGAUACCCGUCAAAGUACUGGCUACAGCAUCAAUUCACGUUUUUCGCCAAAGUGUUACAAACUGUCUAAUACGGCCGCUAUUGCCAUGAACGGUUUCCACGCUGACGGCUUGACCCUGAAAAAGGUCCUCGAUCAGAGAUUAAAGUGGUACAAGUUUUCACAUGACAAAGACAUGAGCUGCACAGCUCUGGCACAAAUGCUUUCCAUCACAUUGUAUCAGAGACGAUUCUUCCCUUACUAUGCAUUCUGUAUAUUAGGCGGUGUCGAUGAGAACGGCGAAGGCGCUGUGUAUUGUUACGAUGCUAUUGGAUCAUUCGAACGUGAAACUUGCCGUGCCAGUGGAUCAGCAUCAGCAUUAAUUCAGCCAUUCUUGGAUAAUCAGGUUUCUCGCAAAAAUAUCCAGGAAGCAGAGCAUCCUACUUUAGACCUCGACACAGCGAUCCGUAUUGUGAAGGAUGCAUUCACUUCGGCCACUGAACGUGACAUUUAUACGGGUGAUAGUUUACAAAUCUUUAUUAUUCGAAAGGAUCGUGACGUGGAACUGCAGACUUAUCCUUUGAAGAGGGAUUAAAUGGAAAGGAAAGAAAAAAAGAUAUACAAAUAAACAACAUGGAAUAUGGUCUUCCCAAGUCACCGGAAUUAGGGUAAUGGUUAACAGUUGGGAGGGGAUAAAGAGAACACAAA